CGGAAAGUCGAGCAGCGUUCAGGAUACCACGGUCCCCUACGCGGCCAAGACUGCAGGAGCUGCGGUGAUGGCACGUGCAGCAUAUGGCUGCCGUGACGACACCGUUGAUGGGGGUGAAGGAGACACCGACCGGCGCAGUGAGCGCUUACAGGCCGUUCCGGACGUGCGCUUGCAGCAGGAGCCGGCCCUCCGCCUCACAUCCGCCCAUGGCUGUCAGGACAGAUCUGCAACAGGCAGCGUGAGGUUGUCUUCCAUGUACGAGACCGUGGCGAAGAACGGAGGCUACGCUGCGGCAUCAAACUCAGCUGCGCAUUCCUUGAAGGCAUGGGAGGGUUAUGAUGACCUCGCUGCCCUCGCCUUGGACCACGCCUGGCCAACUCCUAGCCAUCCGCCCCCAUCCCUGGCUUUGUCGUCAGCAACGAACGUGGCUGCUGAGGAUGAUUUCAGCCCUGGUGUGUCCCCGGACAUGCUGCUGUUGCGACCACGCACCGGCGUCCCAUCUGCCAGCCCGCUGCCUGAGAUCAGCCCCGGCCUGGAAAACCUAGGCGAGUCUGAGCCUCGGUACGGCAGUCGCGGGCGUGGCGGGCGGCAUGGAAGCGAGGGUGAUGUAGGGGGCGUCCGCUUCUACCCUGCACCGCAUGACGGCGGCUCCGGCGUGUGCAGCGGUGCGGGUGACGAGCUGGGGAUGAGCCCCAGGUUGCGUAGCGACGCUUCCGGAGCAGCAGCACGAGGCCAUGCAGUCCAGGCGCUGGCAGUCACGCCCGACUUCCCAGCUACAGCGCUCAUGGACCGGGCUAGCUGGCGCGAGGUGCUGGACUGCCAGGUAUCGCCGGUCCCUUGGCAUGUGGAAGACAAUGCAAGAAAGCAGUCGGGGGCGUGGGCAGCGGCAGCGGCAGCAUGCAGCGACGGGCGCUGCGGUGGGGCCUCCCCAGAGGAUGACACCUGGCAGCUGGGGCUCACCGGGUUUGACCGUCUUGGAGGCGCACAGGAGAAAUGGGCGGGCUUACCCCAGGCUAGGAGGUUCUGGGAGGAGGAGGAUAGGGAGGAGGCAGAUGGCUCCGGCUUACUUGCUGAGCUGCGGCGUCACGGGGAGCAGCACACGAGAGGUGGCGGCUUGCGGCGUCAGGGCGCAUUAGGAUUGCCGCUAAGUCCAACCUUCUCCCUUGGCGAUGACCCAUGGGACAAGUCGUUUGUGGGUUGUGUCGAGAGCCCGUUGCCAUCGCCCCUGCCGACAGCCAGCGGUCUGGCCAACUCAACUGCAGCAGCUGAGGUGGAUGGCGGCAGGGAGAAGCCACUUCCGGCGGCCAGAGGCGCCCCCAACCCAUCUUCUCUACCGACAGCAGCUGGCUUGGACAGCCUCCUCAACAACCUCCGAGACACCCCAGACAUGGCCGUCGCGCCUGCUAUGCACGCUGUACCGUUCCGGCGCACAGCACGAGCAGACGCCGCCGCGUGCCCGCCCGUCUGCCGUACCUCUGCACCCGCAGCAUCAGCCGCUACUGCAGCCAUGCAGCCUGCCGCAGCAGCUGCAAGGCCCGCUGAGGCCCAUGAAGCAAUUGUCGCAACCAACAAACAGCUGCCAGCCGAUUUAGAAGCACCCGCCGCUACUCCAGGGCCUGAAUCCCGCAAGCCGCAGCAGAACGGCCCUAACGCUGCGCAGCAGCGGAGUCCAGUGCUGGUGGGCGUGGCUUUGCC